UUUCUGUUGGAGCUGGAAGUAGGGGGAGAAGAGAAGAGUUUACCGAGGGGGCUUAGGGAAUGUUAGCCGAAAAGUUUGGAUAGAGCUUAGACUACCGAAGUUCUACCCGAUACCCGGGCUCCGGUUGGCAGGAGUCGGAACUUGAGGAGGUGAGGCUUAAUCAUACAGUUGAUUGCCCCUCCAAACAACAAACAACGCAGCUACCCCAAGCUCAUAUCAACGCUCACAACACUGGUCUACAAUCAAUCCAGAUCACUCGCCUGUGAAUCUGCAAACUACCUCAUCCCCAUCACCCUCUCCCAGCCGACCUUCCUUCAAACAAACACAAACCAACCCUCACCUCCCCCAGCUCCCAAGCUACCCCACCGCCAAAAUGUCAAUAAUGCAACACCACUCCGAUGCCUCGCUCCUCGAGAACUGGCGCACCAUAAACAUCGACGCCCUCGACCCCGAAUCCUCCUCCAACUUCGACACCUCGACCCUCCAUCCAGCCUUUGCCCCCGUAGACGAGAACGAGAUCCGAACACUGGGCCAACAAGUACGGCAACUCCUGCGCAGCGGCGACGCCGAGGGCGCCCUCCGCGGAGCUCUGGAAGGAGCACCAUAUGGAGGGGAUGAAGCGGUAAAGGAUUUACAUCUGCAAACUGUCACCGAGGUCUUGCAGGGCAUCAAGGCGAGUGAGAUGAGUCCUAUGUUGAAACGGAUUUUCACGAGUGAGGGCGGGGGCGAGGCUUUGGAUGUUUUGAUGAAGUAUUUGUGAGUUUCUCUCUCUCUGUCACAUACUAUCACCAGAAUUAUGGAAACGGGGAUUAAUAUGAUGAUAGGUAUAAAGGCAUGGCUUCUUCAACAACUCGAUCCGUAACUUCCCCAACCAAACCAUCUAUGUUGUCUCCCCAAAUGACUGGCGGGUUCUCUCAAAUGGGUGGACGGCCGACUCCGAGAAAUGAAAAUGAUGGUGCUGCCAUGAGUGUAUUGCUUUCCUGGCAUGAGAAGGUCGUUGAAGUUGCGGGCUUAGGAUGUGUGGGUAGAUGCAUGAGUGAUUGGCGUAAGGUCUAAAUGGGGUUCGAAGAUCUGGUCGUGGAUUGGGGUUGGAUGAUGAUCAUGCAAAUUUACAUCCUGCCUAAAUCACAAAAGGUGAAGAAUGCAGGUAAGCCAUGAGGAUGUGUGGCUCGAG